AUGGACACCCAAAAUGUCAAAGGAAAGACCGCUAUUAUCACCGGGGGUGCAAAUGGCCUUGGGGAGGCAUAUGUUCGUGCUCUUGUCGCAGCAGGGGCGAUAGUGGUGAUCGGUGACCGUGACGUUUUAAGAGGACGAAAACUUGAAAAAGAGCUGAAAGGGACAAAAUACAUCGAGUGCGAUACUGCCAACUGGGAUGACCAAGUCCGUAUGUUCCAAGAAGCAGCUUCGUUCUCUCCGACCGGCAAAGUAUCUUUUGUGGUCGCGAAUGCUGGCAUUCACCGUCAGGAUGAAGUCUUUUCAUACGCCGGCGAUGGCAAAACGCCCGAAAAGCCUGAUCUCGCUACCAUCAACGUCAAUCUCAUCGGAACUCUAUAUACCUCAAAGCUUGCAUCACAUUACUUCAUUGCGCAGAAUGGCCAAGAGCCAUCCCAGUCACAGGAGGACACCUGCUUGAUUUUGGUAGGGUCAGGUGCAGCCUUUUUGGAUUGCCCCCGAGCUCCUCAGUACUGUGCCACGAAAUGGGCUAUGCGAGGUAUCAUGCAUUCCCUGCGGAGAACAGCCUUUUACUACGGGAGUCGAGUAAACAUUAUAUCGCCUUGGUAUGUCAAGACAAAUAUACUCUCUGAGGAGGCCUUUGCACACAUCACCAGCGUAGGUGUUCAAUUCGCAGAAGCUUCCGAGACAGGAAAAUGUCUGCUGCACAUUCUCAGUGACAGCACCAUCAACGGUCGCUCUUUCUUUGUCUCUGGCAAGAAAUGGUCUCCGAAGGGAUACAUGGAUCUAGAUCUUGAGGAUUACCAAGGGAACGCUUUAGUUGAGAGUAUCCAGGAAGAUCAAGUCAAAUCGGCUCCCGUUGAAAUGGGGCUUUUCAUUUAG